AUGAAAUCACACGGCCUGUUUCUCCUGAUCUACUUCUGCUGGGGAACGUCAGAAGGACUGAGCAUUGUACCCUGUCCGACCGGAGAGACAUGUGCACAGGGGCCGGCUGAGAAUUUCCUGCAAUGCGCAGGGCUCCCCUUCUCCGACACAGGGCCACAACACCUCCACAGACUGCGCUCUGUCAUGGAGGCUCUCAUGGACCUCUACACAUUCAUGCGGGGAAGCACGAAGGGAGUUCCUGUGCUCGGUCUACAGGGGGCAGUGGAUCUGAGCCUGCCAGAGGAGGCUCUGCAGAAUGAGGCUCUGGUCCACAUGUGGCUGGAAGUGAAGAUGAAGCCGCUGCUCCAGUCUGUGUCCAGAGAGCUUCUGUCCUGCCUGAGUACCAAGAACUUCAGCUGCCAAACCUACCAGAUUAUGGUGCAGCAGCUGAGCGAUUACUUCUCCCACAUAGACCCUGUGCGGCGGAAGUGGAUCUACGACUUCUUCAUGUUCCCCUUCCUGUCCCGGGACGACAUGGCUGGCUGUGUGACGCCGCAGGAGAACCUUGUGGACUGGCUCUUGAAGAACUUUGGUAACUUCAGAGCCAUGGCCAGCGUAAAGGACUUCUCCACACUCAACAUGGCUUUCAGUGGAUUGGAGGUGCUGCAUCUGCUGACCCCAGAGCAGAAGGCCUACCUCCUCAUCAGCCCGGUGACUGGGCUGGACAACGGGACCCUGCAUCUGGUGUUCCACAGCAUGAUGGAGGGUCCGGGUCCCACCACCACAGCUGGGCCUGAGACCGGUCACAAUUGGACCACUGAGGGACACAGCUACCCUCAAGCACCCACAUAUGACCCAUACUACCCACCCCCUGCCCGGCCCACCAUCAAACAGGUGUUGGAUGACUUCAUGAAAGUGGUUGUGCCCAUGAAAAGUCUUGUCCAUGAGUUUGUGGCCUUCACACAUCAGAGGAAUCUGUCUGAGAUCCGGAGCACGUCUCUGGCCCAGUUCGCCAUCAACUUCACACUGUCACAGGUGGCCCAGCUGUACAGGCCCCCAGAGACAGAGCAGCCUCUUGAGGGAUCUUCAGAUGGCCCUUUAGCCUUCAACGUGACCAGUGUGGAGGAUUGGUACAUGCAUGUGGUGGUCCCAGUGCUGCGACGGUUCCUCCCCCCAGAGCUCAUCAAAGACAACAAAGUGUCGGCGGCCUUCUACUCACUGUUUUACCUGGAGCACGGCAUGAAUGAUAGCAAAUCGGAGCUGGAAGACGUCUGCAGCCUGGUUCUGGACCAGGGCCAGUGUGGGCUGACAGACGUGGUGCAGGACGUGGCCCGUGUGCUGAACUGUGCGGCCCAGACCCACCUCGCUCUGACCCCUGAGACUGUCCUGGAGCUGCUGGGUGGACUUACACACAGGCUGUCCUCACUGCUGCGGGCGCUGUCCUCUGCGGACUUGGGGGAGCUGGCCUCUGACAUCAGGAGAAUCUUUAGCGGCAGUGCGUCCCCGGCUUUAACCCAGGACCAGCUCAUGGACCCGGUCUACAUCCAGACCUGGUUCAGAGUCAAACUGCUGCCCCUACUGCCGGACGUCCCACCAGAGCUGCUCUCCUGCCUGAGCCGAAAGAACUUCUCCUGCGUCGCCUACCACUCAGUUGUGUCCGACCUGAGCCAGCAUAUGCACAUGAUGGAGGCCAGUCCCAGCUCUGGUCCCAGCGUCUACACCCACUUCAUCCACCCGUUUCUCCUGCACCACAACCUCUCUGGAGCCCGGUGCGCGGUCAACAACAGCGCCCUCUGGCUGCAGAAGAACUUUGGCUUCUUCUCGCGGUUCACCUCCAUUCGAGACUUCUACCAUCUCAACCCGCACUUCUCCGGGGUGGAGGCGCUGUCCCUCCUCACUCCUGGUCAGAUUGCUGAACUGCUGCUACUGCCACUGCCCACUCCUCCAGAAAAGGUCCAGGUGAUGGAGCAUGUCUUCCAAGUCCUGUUAGCUCCGGACCAGCCAGCAAACACCAGCACACGUGCCCACUUCCUGGAGGUGGUGAAGGAGGUGGUGGCCCUCGCCCAGCAGGUGAACGUGUCGUGUUCGGUCUACAGACUCUUGUUCCCGCAUCUUUUGUUGUCAGUGCCUGCAAUUGGCCCCGAGCAGGAGCCAGUGCUUUGGGCUCAUGUGGAGGCUCUAAUCAGCUCUGCUCCUCCAGAGUGUGUCCCAGGAAACAUCACGUGUCCAGAUACACCUUUCAACAGAACGUACAUCUGUGGACAGCAGAACGGAUCUGACAUGUGGACCUUCACCGACAUCUCUGUGAGCGCUGUGUGCACCUUCCCUCUGGAGAAGUACGCCUGUGCACAGUUGCAGAACUUCACAGCUCCGCACCUGGCCGCCCUGCUGUCCUGUGACCUGGGUGGGAACAGCAGUCACUCCACCAUGCUUUGGAAGCUGCUGCUCUCCAGGCUCUCUUCCAUCUUAGAGCCAGCGCUGGACCUGCUGGCUGCUAUGCCGGCGGGCAGUGUGGGCUCGUCAGCGUCUCAGGUCCUGGACGUGGUGGGGGAGAUCAGACUGUCCCAGCUGUCGGACCAGGAGCUGAGCGAGCCGAGCGUGCUGAGGUCCUGGUUCUCCACGCGUCUCGCACACUUCCUCCCACACUCCUCUGCACGGUUCCUGCGCUGUCUGAGCGUCCGCAACAUCAGCUGCUCCGCCUUCCAGCACAUCCUGCAGAUCUUCAGUCUGGACUUUGAUGAGAUGACAUCACAGCAGCAAAAAGUCAUUCUCAACAACUACAUCCUCCGCUUCCUCUCCACUCCCCUCACAGGUCCUCGCUGUGUGUCCAUGAACAGUACCGAAUGGUUGCUGCAGAACAUGGGGCACUUCUCCCGGCUCCUACCUUUGAGACAUCUCCUGCAGCUCAACCCACAGCUCCAGCCGCUGGAGGUCCUACAGCUGCUCACCCCAGAGCAGAGCGCAGAGACCCUGACGAUGGUUCUGCCUGAGGACAAAGAGUCCAUCCUCCAGGCCCUGUUUGACUUCUACACCGCAGAAGCCGACGAUCGAGACCUGCUCAUCUUCCUCUCUGAGCUCACACUCGCAGUGCCACAGGCUAACCUGUCAUGCUCGGCCUACGUCUCCCUGUUCAAUAGACUGGACUUGACCACAAUCAACGCCUCCCUGGAGACCGUCACCGCCAUAAUCAGAUCCAAGAUGGCACUGUCGCCACACGUACCACACGACUGCAUCAUUUACGAGGGAGAGUGCACAGUCACAGUGAAAAAUGAGACUGAGAUCUGUGCUGCUGUGAACAGUACAUCUGUCCAGUGGCUGAUUGACCAGAGACUGACCAGCGGACGCCUGUGUGACUUCACUGUGGAACAAGUGGCCUGUGCCUCUCUCUCAGUCCUCCCCUCUGCAGACCUGCAGGACUUCCUGACCUGCCAACGCUCUCACAACUCCAGUGGCUCCAGAGCCUCAUGGAAGUUGCUGCUCAAUAAAGUGCCCCAUGCCCUGGACCAGGCUCUCGACAUGCUCGCCAACAUGACGCUGGACCCAACACAAGCUGCUCUGCCGCUCAUUCUGGACGCUGUGAGAGAACUCAGACUGGACACGUUCUCCAUGGACCAGGUGAACCACCCACUGGUCAUCGAGACGUGGUUCCAGCGCAGGCUUCGGCCCUUCCUAUCCUUUGUGUCCAUGGACUUCCUCCACUGCUUGACCACAAAGCCCCUGGACUGUUCCACCUACCAGCACAUUGUUCACACAAUGAGCCUGCAGCAGCCGCACAUGUCUCCGUCCAUGCGAAUGCUCGUCUUCACCCACUUCCUCCAGGUCUUCCUCAGCCGCAACAACACUGCUGACCCAAGCUGCUCAACCCUCUCCAACAGCAGUGCGACCUGGCUCCAGUCAAACCUGGGGUCCUUCUCUGUGCUCCCGUCCUUCCACGACCUGGUCACUCUUAAGCCGGACUUCAACCCUAUGGAUGCCCUGCCCCAGCUCAGCGUCCGGCAGCUGGCAGAGGUCAGCUCCACCCCAGGACAACUCUCCUCAUCCUCUCAGGUCGCCAUGGUGAUGCGCCAUGUGCCCGACGACCACCUCACAGACUUCUUUGAAGACUAUUCCCCCGCACUCAAGGCGCAGCAGGACCAGUACCCCCCAGCCGUGCGCUCAGCCAUGUUGCAGACAGUGUUCGAUCGGAUGAACCUGUCCCAGGCUUCUGUCCCGGAGCCGAUUUUCAGACACCAGCUCUCUCUGCUCUGCCCGCUGAUGUACGCCCUGGACCCCGCACACGUCGCCCCUCUCUUCAGCAUGAUGUCCGGGAGAAACUGCUCCACCCAGCGCAUUGGGAUGGAGUGUUUGAACGCCAGCAUCUCCAGCCUGAGCUCGGAGACGCAGAGUGACGUGUACAACCACAUCAUACUCACGCUCAAAGGCCCUGUACCUCUGCAUUGCUAUGGAAACGACUAUAACCACAGCUUCUACCAGUUUUUGGAGGGCACCUUCAUGGGAUUCCAGUUCCCCAAUCUGACCACCUUCGUAUCCCUGAUGCCCCACCAGCAGAUGUCCCAGCUGCUGAACUCCAUCCCCGGCUCAGACCUGGGGGACUAUCUGCAGAGGCCUGAAGUUGUUGACAGUGAGGAGGUCCUCUGUCUGAUCUACGACAGCUACACAGACACGCCCACGUUCCUGUACACUGAGUCCCUUCCGACCGAUAUCCAGCAGGUCACUUUGCCAUGUGUGUGGCCCCGGGCCCUCAGUGCAGCCUCUCACUCUGCUGCGGACAUGUGGUUUGACCGGAGCCUCCGCGACUUACUGCGCCACCUGACCAAGAAACUAAUCAGCCCCAGCUUCACCUUCAACUCGUCCUGCAUGGCUUUCCAAAAACUAGUAUCAGUCAUGGAGCAGUACAACUUCACCGGUCGAGACUUUGACCAAAGAGACAUCUUUGACAACUGCCGAGAGUAUCUAAAAUCAACGUCUGUCCCCAGGUGUUAUAACUCCUCUGACCCCACUCUGAACUCUACGGCCUGGUUUGUGGACUACAUGGGCACCUUCAUUACAUUCAUCACUUUGGAGAACCUGCAGUCGUUUGGCCCCGCAGAGGAGCUGAAGGCGUUUGCAGUAGAUCUUCAAAACCUCGCUCUCUUCAAUCACUCAACUGUGCCUCAGAACGUCUCCGACUACUACGUGGAGCUUGUGUAUCUGCAAAACGACAACUUCAACCCUCUGCUACUUCCCUUGCUGUUCCGCUGUGUGGCGCCCGGCCCUGCCUUCUCCCAGCUGACCGCCACUGAGAGCAUCAUUGUCCUCCAUAACCUGACCACUCUCUGCGACCAGCUCGACCCACAAGUGUCGGCUGCUCUGGCGGGAAACUUCAAAAGCCUGAACAGCAACAUUCUGCAGACCCUUGGCAACGAAUGCACAGGGCUGUCCAUAGGCCAGAUCAGAAACAUCCCACCCAAAGAGCUAAUGGAGGCCCUGAGCACACUGCGAUGGGUGUCUGGCUGGGAGAGGGGCCAGGCAAGGCUCAUCAUCACAUCCAUGCUGUCCUCUGGGGUCAUGACGCUAAAGGACGCUGCGGGGCUCAUGCAGCUGGGCACGCUGAUAACUGGAGUCCCCUCCUCUGUGAUCACAAACAUCGUUGGCUCUGAGCUGCUGAGCGCCUCCAAGAACCCAACCUUUCUGCAGAACAUGAUGUCCUCCUCCUCAGCCGUUCAGAGUACCUUCAUCAUGAAGCUGAUUGCGGUGAACAGCAACAGUGAGGCCAUUGUGGAGAACGUUCCAGAUGACAUGGCGGGCCUGAUCCCCAGGUCAAGGAUGGUCUCUAUCAAUGCCACAGUCAUCGCACAGAUCAACAAGAAGAAGUGGAGACCUCAACAGGCAGAGCUGUUCUUCAGUGUGGUGGCUGAAGAGAGUGGCACUUUGGCUCUGGGCGGCCCAAAUAACCUCUCCUCAUCAGUGCUCCAAGGCUUCAGCUGCACCAGCGUCAGUACCUUCCAGAAGACUCACAUCCGCCGCCUGAUCAGAUCGUGUCGCAGGAAGAACAGGGUCAAACUGGUGGAGUCCCAGCUCACCUGCAUGUCCUUCUACCUGUCAGACGCUUCUGACGCCACAAACUUCUCCCAGAUCCCCCACGACGUGCUUCUCUACUACAACUACUCCAUUGUGCCCCAGUCCAGCUGCAGGAGCUACUUUAUGGAGCUGGGAGAGGCCGACUUCUCCGUCUUCUCCACGGCUCUGAGCUACAAGAAGACAGAGCUCUUCACUAACUACAAGAGCUGCCUGGGAAUUAACGGCAGCAGUCUGACCCAGGAGCAGGUCUCUGUGAUGGGAAACAUGUGCUGCACACUGGACGCCUCGUACAUCCAGGACUCUCACCCGUCCAUAGUGGAGAAGCUGCAGAAGUGCCAGUCCCUCACUGAGGAGCAGUCCGCCGCCGCCUACAGCCUGCUGAAGGAUGGGAGCACUGCAUACGGAGCUCCAUCCACGUGGAACCUGCAGACGCUGAAGGACCUGGAAUGGCUGCCUCUGACCCUGCCAGUCGGCUUCUUUCACAACUAUGACAAGAAAACCCUGAGGGGCUACAUCAAGUAUGUGCGCAAACUGAAGAGAAAUGUCCAGCUGUCCAGAAAGGAACUGAAGAGCGUGGAGAGAACCAUCAUAGAGUCUUUGAGGAGCCGCAGCAAGCGCUCAACAGACUGCUCAGAGGGGCAGAUCACUCAGGUGAAAAUCAGUGACGAGGCCUUCCCCUUGGAUUACUCAGAUGUGCAACAGUUCAACAGCUGCCUGAGCGCCGCCACAGUGAGGGACAACCUGGAAGCCAUCACCUCCAAAGUGGACGACAAUGACUACCUCCGGGUAGUCCUGGAGCGCCUGCGUGAGGUGUAUCCCAGCAGUGUCCCAGAGGACCAGGUGCAGGCCUUGGGCCCGGCCUCUCGAGUCGCUACGGAGCAGGACAUCAGCCACUGGACCAUCACUCAGCUGGACACGCUGUCUGCUCUCAUGGACAAGGCCGAAGGAGCAUGGGAGUCUAGCCUGGCGAAGGCGGUGAUCGACAAGUACCUCUCUGCACAUGGGACCAGUCUGGGCAGCGCAGAGCUCAACGCCAUCAAAGGAGACAACCUGUGUGCUCUGGAUCCUGAGGUCCUGAAAAACAUCUCCUCUCAGAGCUUCAAGGACACUGAGGCCUUGAGCGUGUCCGUCUGCUCCAAAGUGAAGAAGCAGGCAUUGUUCAGUGUGGCUCUGAGGGCCUUCAGCAACUCCAGCACCACUUCCAGCCCCACCUCCAGGUCCAGCUCCAGCGAGUCAGUGAGCAGCUACCAGCUCCUCCAGCCCUACUUAGGGGGCGCUGAUGAGACGUAUGUGAGGAACCUAGUCACCUCGAAUGUAAACAUGGACCUGUCGACCUUCACCUCUCUGGACCCCCAAGUCAUACAGAGCCUGAGUGUGAGUGACGUGCGGAGCCUGCUGGGGUCCAACCUGAACGACCUUAAGUCCCACGAGAAUGUGACUGUAGUGGAGGACUGGACCAGAGCACAACUCCAGUCUGAGCUGGACAUGCUGGGCAUCGGGCUGACAGGGGGUCGCACUACCACAGCCACAACUGCUGCUACAGGAGGCACGACUGCUGCUACAGGAGGCACGACUGCUGCUACAGGAGGCACGACUGCUGCUACAGGAGGCACGACUGCUGCUACAGGAGGAACCACAGCUGCUACAGGAGGCACGACUGCUGCUACAGGAGGCACGACUGCUGCUACAGGAGGCACGACUGCUGCUACAGGAGGCACGACUGCUGCUACAGGAGGAACCACAGCUGCCCCAGGAGGAACCACAGCUGCUCCAGGGGCCACAACGACAGCCAAACCGAGCGGCGGAGUGGCCCUCAGCGCCCCCUGUGGACAGUGCCUGGUACUGCUGUUGCUCUGCUCUCUGUACCUGCUCAGCUAG